AUGGCACAAGACGAGAAAGGCCGCCACAAACGCCCACGGACUAUCUGGCUAGAUGAAGAGGCUUUUUCUAGAGAGAACCCGGCGCUGGAAUCUCUGGACUCCCAUGAUCGGUCAUCACAGCUACCUCAAAGCGAUACAGGAGGAUCUACGUCUAGUUCAGCUCAAUCACAAAUCAUUCAAUCAAGAGCACUAAUACGUCAAACUGACCUAGACCCAUGGGAGGCUUUCGAGCCAAUUGCUGAAAUCACUCGAGUGCACUCUCUACUCCUCGCUCGACGGAAGAACCACAAAGGAAGACUAGUUCAUAUCCAACAAACAAAACAGCACUCCUCCGCCAAGUCCACUUUGGAUACUACAAAUAUCCUUUCUCAUCCAAGUUUUCUAGGUUUACUAGAAUUUUAUCAACACAACGGGCUCUAUUCUCUGAUAUGGGAGCCGACAGAAGUAACUCUUAGCCAGAUCCUGGCCUCAAAGUGCGAGAUAACAACUGAGGAAAUCAUUGCAAUCGUGAAGCCUAGAACUAACAGCAGGAAGACUCUAGAAGGAAUCCAAUACCUAUUCACAAAGGGCUGGGUGCUUGCCACCUUGACCUCGGAUACUAUUUUCGUAACCUAUUCUGGCCGUGUUAAGAUAGGCGGAGUAGAAAAUAGUUGCCAGAUCAUGUCUGAUGAAAUGAAUCCUGCCACAUGGAAAGCCUACGCAUUGGCCGAUAUUGUGACUCAGUUAAUAGGCAGAAACGGGUCCUACAAAGGCAAAGUUGACAUUUCGAGUCUUCCUGACCAUCUCAGGACCUUGUCAGUUGACGAGAUUCUACAGAACCCAAUCUUCGCAUGUGCGCUUGAUCCCGGGGAACUGAAGUUACUCGUAAAUUUAGCAAAUAAGACCGCUUACCAUAGAGUGGAUUCUUACUCAACUCGCGUCUGA